GAUGUGGAAGGUGCAAACCGCGGGUCGUCUCGGGGCCUCGCAUGACUUCGCCCCGUUCGCUCCCUUAGCCAUGGACAGGGCUCAGAGUUGGGACCAAAACCCCCUCGAGUGUCGUGCAAGGGAUGUGUGAGUGUGGAAAUAAGCGUCGUAACAUGAAAACUAGUUAGGGGAAAGGGGGUAGAUCAAAAGGUGCUCUCGAAGAUGGAAACGAAAAUGGCUGACGCUUGAGACUUCGGAGGAACCUUAUGCGAGGCGGCGCUGCGGAAUGCUCGAGGACGCAGCUUGCAGGAGGAGUGAGAACAGCAGGUUUUGGGUGUUUUAUGCAGUGAUCGUUGAAUUGUCCCCACAAGUGGCUGGAAUUUGCUUAUGCGUACGUCUCAUUGUGUUUGUCGGAGAAAUCUGCCUCCAGCCCUGUAAAGGCAAGGGAAUGCAUGACAUGUUCAUCUCUCCGGCGGGAGGUGAGCCCAGUGCAGUCUUGCAUGCCCCUGCCAAUUCUGGACAGUGCCUGCAGAGGAAGCGAAAGUUGGAUCAGACUACCAGUGACUACCCAAGUGCUGCGUCAAGUUAUACAGUGACCCCUGUAGCAGCACCAGCACAUACUAUAGCUGCUAAACAUCUCUCUCAUCAGACUGGUAGUCUAUAUAGUGAUGGCGUGACCUUAAGCCAAGCAAAACCGCACCACCAACAGCAGCAGCAGCAGCAGCAGCAGCAGCAGCAGCAGCAGCAGCAGCAGCAACAGCAGCAGCAGCAGCAGCAGCAGCAACAGCAACAGCAGCAGCAGCAACAACAACAACAACAACAACAACAACAACAACAACAACAACAACAACAACAACAACAACAACAACAACAACAACAACAACAACAACAACAACAACAACAUCAUCAUCAGCAUCAGCAUCAGCAUGGGCAGCAACAACCGACUCUCAAGAUUAACAAUAACAGCACCAACACUUCAUCAGGACAUCACCACCAUCAUCAUCACCACCACCAUCACUCAGCCAGAGCAGCUGGCUCGGGUGCCACCUACCAGCAGCAUCAACAUCACCAACAGCAACAGCCACGAGCAUCCACUAUCAAACUCUUAGACCCCUACCAGAAGUGCUCAACAAAGCGCAAGUGCUUUGACCACAAUGGCAGCGGUGGUGGUAGUUUGGGUCUAGAGAGUGGGAAGGUGGGGCCCCCAGGUGGUGCCCCAGGAACAACCUCCAAGACGGUGGCCCACGGGAAGGUGGCCCUGGGUGGCGGGGCACACAAUGCCACCAAGGGUGUCAAUUCAAAUGCUGCUGACGGGGACUAUCAGUUGGUACAACAUGAGGUGUUGUACUCCCUCACUGCCCAGUAUGAGGUGCUGGAAUUCCUGGGGCGUGGCACAUUUGGCCAAGUGGUCAAGUGCUGGAAAAAGGGCACCAAUGAUAUUGUGGCCAUUAAAAUCCUCAAGAAUCAUCCCUCCUAUGCUAGGCAGGGUCAGAUUGAGGUUGGAAUCUUGACAAGACUGAGCCAGGAAAAUGCAGACGAGUACAACUUUGUGCGAGCAUUUGAGUGUUUCCAGCACAAGAAUCACACCUGUCUGGUGUUUGAAAUGCUUGAACAGAACCUGUAUGACUUCCUCAAACAGAACAAAUUCUCUCCACUGCCUCUUAAAUUCAUCAGACCUAUUUUACAACAGGUUUUAACUGCUCUUCUUAAACUUAAGCAACUUGGCCUCAUCCAUGCUGACCUCAAGCCAGAAAAUAUCAUGCUGGUUGAUCCAGUCAGACAGCCAUAUCGUGUCAAAGUCAUAGAUUUUGGCAGUGCUUCACAUGUUAGCAAGGCAGUCUGUAACACCUACCUACAGUCCCGCUACUACCGAGCUCCGGAGAUCAUUUUGGGUCUCCCUUUCUCUGAAGCCAUCGACAUGUGGUCCUUAGGUUGUGUUAUAGCAGAACUGUUCCUGGGUUGGCCACUCUACCCUGGGUCCUCAGAAUAUGACCAGAUUCGUUACAUCAGCCAGACUCAAGGAAUCCCAGCAGAGCAUAUGCUGAACAAUGCUACAAAGACCACAAAGUUCUUUUACCGAGACAAUGAGUCAACAUACCCAUUCUGGAGACUAAAGACCCCAGAGGAACAUGAAGGAGAGACAGGCAUCAAGAGUAAAGAGGCUCGUAAGUACAUCUUCAACUGUUUAGAUGAUAUGGGUCAGGUUAACGUACCCACGGAGCUGGAAGGCGGUGAGCUUUUGGCAGAGAAGGCAGAUCGACGUGAAUUCAUAGAUCUUCUCAAAAGAAUGCUGACCAUGGACCAAGAGAGACGCAUAACCCCUGGAGAAGCUUUACAACACAGCUUUGUCACUUUACAACACCUUCUAGAUUAUCCACACUGCUCCAAUGUGAAGGCAUCCAUGCAGAUGAUGGAAGUAUGCAGACGGCCAGCUCCCCCAUAUGCUACGGCAGCAACUGUUUCACAGGCACAAGCUCUUCCACCUUCUCUCAUGCCCAACUAUGUCCACUCUACAAAUGGCUCAGUUACGCUCACAUUCAACAACCAGAUUACCAAUCAGGUACGCAAUGAGAGGAAUCCAGGACAUUUCGGCACCAGACGAUUCAGCGGCAGGCAGCACCUCACCACAAAAUAUGGCUUAUAUCAAGGAAGCCGAAGUGGGCGUGGAUAUAGUGGCAGCAGUCGUGGAGAAGCAGCGGCGGCAGCAGCAGCAGCAGCAGCUUUCCAACCUCAGCUGGUCCCAUCUAUCCUCUGUCCACCACCUGCUGCUGCUUACCAAGGCCUUGCUUCACCUGGCAAACAUGUGACUGUUGUAACUCAACAGCCACAGUUACAACUCCAACCAUCUUUACUCUCACAGCAGGUGGGAGGUGGAGGUCAAUAUGUGCCAGUGUCAAUGGUGGAGCAGCCAGGACGUGGAAUGCUUCUAACAACAGGGGCUGCAGUAGGGGGUGGCUGGGGACGUGGGGGGCAGAUGGCUCUUGUACCUGGUGGAUGGCAACAGCUUCCACAGCCUCCAACUUCCCUCCAACAGCCAGCAAGUCUCCUUCCUGAUGCCACUGAUGCCUGGAGACGCACGUUUCUGGUGGACUCGUCAGUCGUGCAAGGAGAUGCCCCUCCUGCCAUGUUUCCCGUUGAUCUCCAUCCUGAAUUGUAUGAAGCCUACCCAUCUGGCACUUGGGCAGGAAGUAAGAGGUCUAGUAAGGCCUCCCUUAUGGGCCACUCCAGUGCUCAUGCAGCCCACACCUUGCAUGUCGCUGGAAGACCAACUCAGCCACCUGCACAUGACAAGAAGGACCUGAGCCAGCAACUUUCACCUGUCAAGAAACGUGUGAAAGAGGGCACACCACCAGGGGCAUCUUCAGCCCACUGGGGAGCAACCAGUACUGCACAACAAAUUAGUCACAGCAACUAUCAUACCAGUCACAACAGUCACCAUUCUACACACCACCCGGGACAUUCCAGUCAUGUGGGUCAUCCCCACCAUCAGGCGCACCACUCAAACCACUCCAACCAUCAUUCAAGCCACUCCUCCAGUCAUCACAUUGUCACUCAUGGGAACCAUACAGGCCACCAAAGCCAUAGUAGCAGUCAUAAUUCUCACAGUGGUGGGCAUCCUGGAUUACCUUCACAACAAACACACAACAGUCAGCAGCACUCCAGCAGCAGUUACAAUGGAAAUAUGGGAGGCAGCGGCCGGCAGCAGACCAUCACCAUCCGUGACACUCCUUCUCCUGCAGUCUCAGUCAUCACUAUCAGUGAUAGUGAUGAUGAAGCAGGAGGUAAAUGCUGCAAAGAUAGACAUUGUGCUACUUGUGUCAACAAUAACCAUGGCAAGAUUGCAGUGUCUUCACAUCAGCAGCAUCAGGUCUCCCAUGACGACAAAUAUGCCAGUCUGUCCCACAAUUACUCGUCAGUGGGUGCAUCUCAGAGCCAGAAGAAGCGUCUGCUAGCCAAGGCCCAAAGUGAAUGCAUGCUGCAUGUGGCAAAGCCUGAGGCACGGGACUAUUCAACACAGCAAGCAAGGGAUGACAUUUAUACUACUAGAGAGCACCUGGCUCCUCCUGCUGCGCAUGUCAGGGACUCCCUUCUACAGCCACCGCCUGCCCACCGUGACAACCUCCCGCCACCCGCAGCUCACACUCGUGACCAUGCCCGUAGUCACUCUCACACUCACUCUCAUGCACACACACAACCCCCACAGGCCCAUAAAGACUAUUCAGUACAGUCAACUGUGCACCCGGCUGGCCACAAGGACUACUCCCAGCCGCCAGUAGCCCAUAGUAACCGUGACCAGCGCGUGGUGGUUGGGAGUGUGAAGGGAUGGGGAAGCAGCAGUAGUGGUGGUGGUGGAAGCAACAGCAGUGUAGUUGUUGCUGGCCAGGGCAGCACAGGCAGUAGUAGUAGUUUGAAUUACGCUCCCACGAUAGGACGAACUCACGUGUCUGCAAGUCACCAUUCACCAUCAUCACAGGCACAUGGAUUAUCACCAGUCUCUCAGCUUGGGUCUCUGGCAGGCAUUGUGCCAGCACAGGCAGAUGUCUAUCGGGAAUAUAGACGUGCUGCCCCACCUCAGGCUGCUGCUGCAGCUGCUGCUGCGGCACAGGUGUAUGUGACCACCACUCAACCCACAUACUUACCCUCCUCCCUUCCAGCUGCACAUACAGUCAACCCAUUUACACCAGGAGGAGCAUUGCCUCCACCAGCCCACCACAGCAGUGGGCGCACAGUGCUGGCUGCCCCACCUGCACACCCUUUACCUGCCCACAUGCAGCCAACUGCAGUGUUCCCUACACACCCCCAAGUAGCUGCACCUUACACUGCCUACACUGCUCUCUCUCCAGCCAAGAGCCAGUAUCAGAGCAUCUGGUUUUCUGAGUAGCAACAGUAUCAAUUGGAACAAACCCACUACAAUUUGUGAGAAUAAAAUAGGCCCAGAAGAUCCAAAAUGAGCCAAGAAAAUGACAUACAUGAAAAAAGAAAUAAGUAAAAGAAAAGAAAAGAGAAUUUGUUGCCCAGCACAUGAGAAAUGGGCAGGUGGGAGUGGGUAUAUUGGAGUUCCUGGAGAGUAAUUGAGUGUAGUAUUGCAGUGUAGUGAUGAGGUAGGGAUGGAUCUAUGGGGAGAAUUUGCCCCAUUCCUUCCUUCUCACCCUCAAGAGGAAGCUGCUGCACUAUGAAGAUCAACCACAUCUUCAGCAAAGGAUAUACCAGGGUGGCUAGACUUAGACUAGUUUAGAUGAAAGCAAAAAAGAAACUCUGGAAUACCUUUGUUGAAACAAGACCAUUAUUUUGGUGCCAAGUGUAUGGGGUUCACAGCCAAAAAAUAGUGUCUACAAAUUUUAAGUAAGCUUCAGAAGUGUGCAAGGACUUAGUGUCAGAUAUAUUCAUGGGUACUGAGCUCUACCAUAUAAUUACUCCCCUGUGAUUACUGAUUUGGGGGCCAAUAGAAUUUGUUUGAGCAUUUCUCUUGAUACAAUAGCAUCAGCAGCAGUAUAGGCCCCUUAUCUGUGUGUAGAACUAGUGCAUGUACAAGUGUGCGCCUGUCUCAUGAUGACCAUAACCUUGACAAGCAUUAUAACUGUGCGUUGGCCGUCCUAAGGGCGGAAAUACUGUCGGCAUAUUGUUGACAAAUGAGAAGACUGUAGCUAGUUUUUAUUUUUAUCAUUUUUUGUGAAACAUGAGCAACAGCCAGUGGGUGAACACUACACUGGUAAUGAAGAAUGGAUAUGGAGUGUUUGUGUUAGCUUCUUUGGAGCACAUCCUGUAUUGCAUAAAAGGAAAUAAUUUAUCAGCUACAUUUCUAAACUUUUCAGUCACCCAAAGAAGUUAUAGUUCGUUUUGUGUUGGACUUGAUAUCGUUAUCAAGUGUGAGUUUUUUGUUGAAGCUAAAGUGAUGAGCCAUCAUCUGUGGAGCUCGGCUAAUAAUCCUAUUGGCUACUAAGUGACUGGGAACUGGUUCACAGAAAGCCAAGGUUUUUCAGUGAGCCAUGCUUGACGUUGUGUAUAUUUAUUUUGUGUUUUACCAAGCAUAAAUUGAAUAUGUUUGAUAAUUUUUUAAGGGGAAAGGGUUUUGACAAUGGUCUGUACGUAGACUUAAUGUGUAGCAUGAGUAGUAUUGUGUUUAUAGCCGAUGAGGCCGAGGGAAAAUGCGCCAUAGUUGGCAUUUCAACAGCACUCCCCUUCCUUUCCAUAAGUGUGGGAAGUUGAGAGCCAAGUAGAAUUGCUGGAUGUGGUGUGAUGCCCACCGGCUGCACCACGUUUGGUGUUUGUCCACAGGUUUGUUUGAUCUCUAUUAACAUAUACGCUUUCUUGAACUUCUUCCCUAUGUGUAAAGGUGUUAUUUAUGUCUGGAGUGUGAUACCUUCUCUUUAUAUCUCGGAGAAUCCUCUGCAUGGUUUUUGUGCUUGUUUCUUGACCAAGGUCUAUACACCCGGGAGAAGCAAAUAGCACGUUCAGGCUUACUGCCAUUCCCCCAACCCCCCUCCCACACUCCACCUCUUUUGAGGUUCACUAUUCACUGCUAACUGUUAUUGGGAAUUUUAUUUUAAUGUUUCUUUGGAGAAUUUUUAAUGUUUAGUUGAUUACCUUUGAUCUUAAGCAUCAUAUAAUAUUUAAUUUUUUAAGGUUAACAUUUACUUCUAAGAUGAAGCUUUGAUGUGUAUGUGAAAGCUUAUAUUUUUAGUAUCUGAAUUGGGUGAAUUUGUCAUAAAGAACUAAUAUAUAAGGGACAGUGUUGUGUAGCAGGUGAUGACUGUGAAUUUUACAGUGGGAGGGGGGCCGUGCCUGUGUUUUCAUUAGGCCCUAACAUGUAUAGGGUCGUGGUUCUGUUCAGUUUCUGAUCUCAACAUUGUGAUUAGAUACAGUUCACCACAGACCUCGACCCAGACCUUUGUGUGUGGGGCAACAAUUCCCAAGGUCUUCUUGAAGGUGCCAAGCUUUGGUGUGUGUAUAGGGUCUUUGACAUGUUUCAAUGGACCAACUGUUCGUCAAGCUGAACAGCAGAGUUUUGAAAGUAAUUGAUAUCCGUCUCAAGCUCUGUGUAGUACAUGGUAUGGAUUUGAAUUUUUAAAAUUGUAUUCAUUUUUAGUUAUUAAUUUAUUUUUUAUUAAAAAAAAAGUGUAUUGACAAGCAUCUUUAAUGUGCUAGAUGAUUGACAAGCAUUUUUAAUGUUGUCAGAAGAUUAGAAAUUGUUGAUAAAGUAGCUGAAUCAUAUUGAAGUUUGAUUGAAGUGAUUGAAAGCAUGACGAAUAGUCUUGUCCUUUUUCAGAUGUAAAUUUUCUUGGAAUUCAACCAAAGUUUAUCCAGACACAGAGUGAGUUUUCCCCGUAUGUAAAAGUAGUCAUACGAAGCCAUUGGCUGUUGCGCAGUCAGCUUCCAGGUUGUCUAGAGACCCCUUCAUGCACCAUGUGGACCACUCACCAUUAUCAGGAGAUGGCCUGUCAGGAGGGAAGAUGUGACUGUUGGGAUAUUGUACACAACUCAUCAAUUUGGUCCAGUUUAGGUUAUUGGUAGUUCCGGUGCUCAGUUAUCGGCACCUACAUAACAGCCCUACACAUGUGAUGUUUGUAUUUAGAGUGCCUAAGCUCUAGUAUUUUAGAAGAUGUGACGGAUGGCCAAUAUUGAUUGCUGGGUAAUGGCUCUGCACAGUAUCUUUUUUGACCUUUGUAUCUACUUAUCCUGGAAUACAAAAAAGAAAAGAAAAGAAAAAGUGUCAUAAAUUGAUCCAUGGCCAUGCAUCAGUCUCUGUCCACAUAGUAAAGAAUAUUUUUGAUUUGCUGCACAGAGUCACGUACCAUCAGUCAGGUGAUCGUCUGGCCGCAGUAUAACGAGUAACGUGAAACUGUUGCCCAACGUUAGUCAUAACCCUCACAAAACACUAUAAGAGUUGAUUGCAGUACACUGUUGUAGUACACUGAUGUAGUACAUUGCUGUAGUACACGGAUGUAGUACACAAAAACAAGAUUAUAUGUGUACGUAUCUAUUUUUCUUGAGAAUGUAAAUAUAAUUAUGAAUGUAAUAUUUUGGGUCAGUUAGGGUAUGUAAAGACUUUGUAAGAUAUUGUAAUGUGUGUUUCAUGAUUAUAGAUAACACAAGUAUCCUAAAUGCUAAAUGUUUCUCAACAUUCUUCGUUAGUAUUCAGUAGGCAUACAAUUAACAUGUUUCAUUGUCAUGCUUCAAGACCAUUAAGAUUUCCUCCCCCUCUCCAUACUAGAUUUCCUGAAUUGUGGUAGUUAGGAACCAUUAACUUUUUACGACUUAAGAAUUUCACUUUUUCCAGUGACUUGCUAGAUGUUAAGGGUCUGGAGUCGUUGCCACAGAGUGCUUUAGACCACAUCAAGAAGCAACAGUUGCAAUAUGAUACCCAUGCAGAAUUGAUAAAGGGAUACAGAGUCAGACUAAAUUCUUUACAAACUUUUUUUAGCAAUACUGGGUCUUAAAAACAAUGUUAUCCGAGUGCUGCUUUGGCAACGUAGACCAGUCUCUUGGUCUCUCACUCCUAAAGGUGACCUGUGACCAUUUUCAAUUUUCCACGUGCUCUGCGCUAUAUGAUUAAAUGCCUAUUGUCCAUCUUGCAAAAUGUAGUUCAACUGAAACACUG